AUGUCUAGUACUAUUGUUAUAUCAGCCUCAUAUGAUAAGCAAAUUCGCUGCUGGAACGCCACUACAGGUCGCACUGUCUGUUGCUUUACCUUCCAAGAUUCUCAAGUAAACGCCAUUCAUCUAGUGUAUCAAACCCAUUAUCUUGCUGUAGCAGGGUAUAAUGUGAUUCGUUUGUAUGAUCUGAAAGACAUCAACUGCGGUAAUAUUGUAGGUUCUCAAGUUUUACAACAACAACAGCAAAUGGUUACCACUGCUCCUGGAGGUCAAACAGUGAUUGCACCUCCAUCUAUUUUUUCUUCGUAUGAAACACAAGGCAGUAUAAAUUUUACAAGUCUUGGCUCAUUUCCUCUCCUUCCAAGGAAAAGGGUGGUAGACGAAAGGAAUUUGCGCUUUAAUGACAACGUGAAUGUAGUGGACACAUCUUUUUCUACUUACGAGUAUGGCACCGUAGCGCCCUUCGAUUUUUCACCUGCAGCAAUAUCAUUGAAAUCUCCUGAAAGACAUUUAAGUUCUGCAACUAAUGAUACGCGUGUUAUUUUAUACGCUACCGGCGAGGAUGGCCACAUUCGUUUUUUUGACGCAAAAACUCCGAACACGAUGAGUGUUCUCAGGGAUAUCACCACCGGUGCUGCCAUCACAUGUAGCUGUCUCUCACCUGAUUCUCGUUUUUUGCUUACAGGGAAUCAAAUCGGCCAAGUGUCGGUAUGGCAUCUUCCGACAAUCAUCACCGGCAUCGCGCGAGAACAACAACAACAAUGGUGCCCUACCGCUUCAGCUGAUGGAGGUGCAUUUAUUGAGGCGGCUUCAGCUGAUACACAAGAAGCCGCAGAGAGAGCCGCUGUCAUAAGCAAGUUUGGCAGGCGACCUGUUCACGAGUUUGCUUUGGAAGGUGACUACACAUCCGUGCGCAGUAUCUCCAUUGAUCCACUCGCUCGCUGGUUCGUUGUGGCCACAAACCAAGGGAAGCUGCACUUUUUUCGUUUCGCACAUGAUGGUUCACUCUAUGGCACCAAAUCAGCCAAAACCAUUCAGUCUUUAAAGCCGUGUGUGUCUGGAGAACUCGUACAAGAGGCCGUGGGUCCUGUUCCAACGGCCCCUUAUGAGUCGGGCAAUCCUGAGGGAAACUCCUCGUCUGUUCCGCGGCUUCAUAGUGAGGCUGAGUGCAGUACUAAUAACCGGUCUCCACAGGCCAUUCCACACGGGAGUUCUGAUCACCCUACCUUUCCCACAAAUGACCUUAGCACCCAACUAAAGUCUUCAUUCGAUCAAAAUGUUGCCAUAGGACACCGUAGUCCACGUACUGUGAAUUUACAGGGCGACCCUAACCUUAGCAUAGGGGAUUGCCGUGGUGGCAGCAUCGAGAUGGAUGCGACUCGACUUCCCCAAUUAGAGCUGCAUUACCAUGGUAACCAUAACCGCGAACUAUAUCCAAGUUCGAGUACGCCACAGAACCUGGCGAAUCGGAACGACAAGGUCAAUUUCACGCCCCAAAGGCGGGCACCGUCCCCGAGCUCACUUUUGGCAUCACUCACGGUAACCAGUCGAUUACAACUUGCACUGCAAAAGGAGAUGGAAACGGAAGAAUUUCAUACCUUUCAGGCACAUUAUAAGUACAUUCUCAAAGUAAUCAUAUCACCUAAUGGAGAGUUGCUGUCGACUUGUUGCGCUGAUUACACGGUGGGGCGGUUUAUAAUUCCUGAGAUUAUGCGAGGAAGGGGAAAGGAAAUCGUUGGAGGCACCGUCCAAGUGUCAAAGUCUGAAAAAAAGUCACAUACGAUAUGCCCAAAACAGCAAGCUGAUGCCCUCAAAUUAAACUUAUCACCUACUUUACAGAAUGAAAUUAACGACAGCGCUAAUGCGAAGAAAGCUGUCAAAACGGUCUUGGAUCCACCUAUGCAAACAGGCUGUGCGUCGGACGCAGUUCAAAAAUCAGCUGAUAAUCCAAAUACCUCUAGCAAACUUUCUGAAGGGGCAGAUGUGGUCUAUGGUGAUGUUCACGAUGCUGGAGAAGGUGUGCAAUCAUCACAAGGCCAGAAACACCAAGUGGAAGAUGUGAACGAGGUCGUCACGAAAGAUAUCACCUCGUCAUCUCUUCUUCAGAAUAAAGAUACCAAACAAGAACCGCCAUUAUUAGUAAAAAGGUCUGGAACUGCUAUUGGUAAUAUUUCAUCAACUGAUGUAAAUUUACCUAGUGCUGAUUUUUGUGGUGGAUCUGAACUUGAUGUGGGUAAAAAAUCUAGUGAUUUAAAAGGUGAAAAUGCAAUAUCCCCAAACAAACAAAGAAAUAAACAUGAGUUGAAGUUAUAUUUUAAGCCUUUACCACCAUUAACGGAUCAUACCCGAUGGGUUUGGGAUUGUGUCUUCAGCGAUUGUUCCCAGUUUUUGUUCAGUGUCAGUAGUGAUUGCCAUGUUCGGAUGUGGAACAAUAUAACCUCAGACAGGCCUCAAUCCACGGUAUUUGUAGGACACACUAAAUCUGUCAUAGCAGUAUUGUUAACAUACAACUUACAGUAG